CAGGUGGUAGGCGUCUUCCCUGGACCCAAGUUCGACGAUGCCGAGGGAGCAGAUCAAGGUGAGGCGGAUGUGGAGCUCUUGGGUUGGGAGGAGUGUGCUGAGAACAUGUCCUUCCGUGUGGACAAAGCGUGGCGUCAACGUUGCUCCCAGCGAUUCCGCAACAUCUUGGACAUGGUGGCAAAGAAGGCGGACCACAGCGUGCUGCGCUUGUUGCAGAUCUCGCAGCAACACAUCGAGUCGCAGCUGGAGCGCGUGAAGCACGAGCGCGAGUUGUGGAAGGAAGUGGUGGAGCGUCGCCAACAGCAGCCGCUGCAAUUGGCACUCUCCAUGAAGGAGCAGACGGCAGCACCAUCCUAGGCUGCGCUGCGGCCUGUAGCCGUGGCUGCGGCGCCAGGCUGUCUGAGACGAGCUUGGCCACACAGACCAGCCGUGGCCAUUGGCCAAUGAAUAUCGUAUGUGC